AUGCGCACACUGGCAGUCGCUGCAUUUCAGACGGCGGUCACAGCGAAAAUUCAUCGCUAUCCAGAAGCGGGAGGGGCGAAAAAAAAAAUAUCGCCUAACGGAACCGCACUCCAAAUCCAACGUGCCCGGGGACCCGAAGAUCCCCUGAGGUCUGCCAGCGAUUUAGACGUGGAGUGCUGUGGAGGGUUUGUCAAUCUGGAUUAUCGCAAGAUCGAUAUUUCAAUAAUGGCCGAUAUUUUCAGUUACUUCGAUUGGACAGACUUGAAGUUUAAUAAAGCUAUCCUGGCUGUCGCUUUCAACCCAUUGUUCUGGAAUAUUGUAGGACGGUGGGAACACAGAACAAGAUCUCUCACUAAGUUGUUUGGUUCUCCUUUCACUGCGUGUUACUCUGUAGCAGUUGUAAUUUUACUGCUGAAUUUCUACAGGAGUUACAGUUUUACUGAAGCAAUGAAGAUUCAACCCAAGGUCCAAGUCCUUGACAAUGUUGCAGCAUUUUACGUUGGCCUUAUCCUGUUACUAUUAGGUACCAUCCUUGUUCUGAGCAGCUUCUUUGCACUGGGAUUCACCGGUACAUUUCUAGGAGACUAUUUUGGAGUCUUGAUGGAGGCCAAGGUACUGACAUUUCCUUUUAAUAUAAUGGAGAAUCCUAUGUAUUGGGGGAGCACAUUAGUCUACUUGGGCUGGGCUGUCAUGAACGCUAGUCCAACAGGACUGAUCCUCACUGCUUGGGUAGCAGCUGUGUACAAGGUUGCAAUUCUGAUUGAAAGCCCAUUCACAGAUGAAGUGUAUCGUCAAAAAGAAAAGGUGAUGAAGGAGAACUGAAUAGCUGGGACAUUUGAUAAGAUGGCAAUAUCUAAUUGGAUUCAGUUGGAUCCCUCACUUUGCUUCAAUUUGGAAUCACACUGACUUCUGAAUGGCUUCCAAUAUUUAAUAACUAUUAAUUAGUUAAGAUGUGAUACUGUACUAAUUAUGGUCCAUUUAAAUAUAAAGUUCUGUAACCAAAUUUGAAGGAUGAUGCUUAGUACUUUAUGCCUGAUCACGAGAGCUCGAGCAUAUUUAUUACAAUUCAAAGUAAUUAUGGACUCAUUUAUAUUACCAAUGGACAAGCAACAAAUUGUUUGGUAUGACCUCACUUUAAAUGCAAAUAUAAAUGGAACCUGCCUUAACAUCAGUCUGUCAAGACCUGGACAGGUUAUUAAACCAAAGAUAUCAAAUCAUGUUAUUCCUAUUCCCUAAACUAAUAUUCUCAAACUAGGUCAUUCACUUUUGCUAUGUCAGUGAUAAAUUUACGUGAACAUUUCUUGCUGCCAUGCCAAUCAUCUCAUAAAUUCCUUCUGAAUGUAGUGUUGCCUUCACACCUGAUGAUACAACGGUAACAUGUAAGUCUGAUUUUAAAAAAUAUGUUCCUCUUUGACAUCUGGCAAGAUUGGAAUCAUUCAUAGCAAUUGGACUUGUCAUUUCCAUUAAUCUAUCAUGAGUCUUGCAGUGGGACAGUAAGAAUUAUAUUAUGAAUCCUUGCAGGCACAGUAAAAAAUUGAAAGAUUAGAUUACCUGCUAAAAUCUCUUUUAUUCUUACAUUAGAACACUAUUAAUAGAAAAUAUUACACAGUUAACAUUUCUGACCUUUUAUUUGCAAACGCUUGCAUGCUAUUGGAUAUUGUGCAAACCUGCUUGUUCUAAAAAUAUUGUAGCAUUACAAAAAAAAUAUUCUGCCAGAAAGAGCAUAUUGUGAACAAUGGUAUUUCUAAUGUAUACUAAAUUGUAUUUUAUAUUAAUGGAUAAGAAAAAUAUGUAUUUUUAUAUACGGUAGAAUCUGUUCCCCAUUAUCCUUGACUGGACCAUCAUGGUAAAAAACACUUUGAUGCCAUAUAGACUAGAAAGUUCUAAGUUCAAUUCCUGGUCUGUCCUAGUUUAGUUGAUAUCACCUGGGUUGGAAACAGGAACUUGGCCCCAGUGUCUCCGUGCAAGGGAAAGCAAAAAUCACCCAGAGUUCCUGUUCAUGAUUACUAUCAGUGACCCUCUGACAGAACAUGUACAAGUAUAGUUCUGGGUGAGGACAACAAGAUUCAGUAGCUCCAGCAGUUAAAUAGAACACUGAAACAGAAUGCUUCAGCUUUACACGUGAAGAAUGUCUAUUUGUACAAUGUGCUGUAUGACACCGUUACUCAAAAUUAUUAAGCAUCUUCACUGAAGGUGGAGGGGGGAGAACAUUUUAAGAAAAGGCAAAAUAAGUCUUGGAAAAUUGCUGCGGUGUAUAGUGAAAUUGUAAAAAGACUGGUGUAUUGCUUGCAAUCUUGCUAUUAAUAGUGGAAAAACAGAAAUUUUCUCCAUUUGUAUCACAAAAAGAAUAAAAUGAUGGGGUUGAUUUUAACUCCCUCCAUCUGACAGAAACUUGGCAAGUUGCAGUAAACUGGAGUGGGCGUUAUACCCAGUAUGUUCUCCAUUGACCUGAUUGGCAGCUGAAGGUAGUGUCUUUCAAAUGUGCAGGCUGGGCUCUGAUCAUGACAACAGGGCCUGGGCCUUAUUUUCACCUGAGGCCUGAACAAAGAGUAGCGGUGGCUCUCCCACAAGGCCAAACCUGCCAGGAUCCAACUCCAGGAACAGAGGAGGCCCAAGUAAGUUUAAAGUUUUAGCUUUUGUUUGCAAGUUUCCUUGUUAACCAGGUGAAGCAGGAUUGCUCCUCUGAGACCCACAAGGAUUCUCUUGCCCCAGGUUUCCACGGCUACGCACUAUGAUUCCCCCUCACCCCGAACCUACCGAUGCACUUGCCUUGUGCUAAAGACCAGUUCCAGGUCCCCGGUAGCAGCCUUCGAGCUGCCUCAUUUUAACAGGCACUUCUGUUUGAGCAAUUUGAGGUAAUCAGAUCUUAUAACUAGAUUGUAGCCAACCUGCCCAAAUGUAUGAGCAGGUUUUUACUUCUGCAGAAAGUGUAUUUUCAGUGUAUUAGCAAUUCUAUGCCAGCUGUGUCAUAUCAUAUUUCAUUAACACAACACAAGGUUUUAAAAUUAUUUCCAUCUUCAAAAUUCCUCUGUUGCUUUCUGGCACAUGUAACAGAUUGCUGGAGUGACGUGGGCAAGGACCUUUCACUUCAUUGCAUCUGCUCUAUAAAAACUGAGGAGGUCAGUGUGUCCAGUCUCUUUAUACUUUAUACACUAUAUAAAUACUUGCAGCAGAUUACAGAAGAGUCUUACCAUUUAAAAUAUGUUUUAUAUCUUUAAAUUUAUAGCCUUUUAAAAUUCAUGUCACAAUUUUUGUUUUGAAAGGAUAAAGAUAAUUUGUACCAGAUUAACUGAUGUUAUAUGUUUUAUCUGGGAUAUUUAUUUCACAUUGUAAAUCCAAGCACUCAAGUUAUCACCUCUGUAAUUCUUCAGUACAAGGACAGCAAUGCUAAGUAAUAGCAGAUAUUACUAUUUAAUUUAUCCAUCACUUUGGGUUCAUAAACAAAAAUCAAAUACCAAAUACUCUAUCUUCCAUAAAAGAGGAAGAAGCUUUUCCGUUUUCACUCAUUACCACCACAGUGGAAAAAUACUAGCAGAGAGAAAUUGCUAUAACUUGAACAACCUCAAAGCUUCUCUUCUCUAACACAAUCUGUGAAAAGUGGAGGAAACCACACUUGACCUUGACUCUCCACCAAUUGAACUCUGAGAGCAUGGACAUAAUUAGAGACUACUAACUAUGUUAUUAAAGCAGAUUUCCUGUGUAUUCUAUAUUUGUGAAUUUGAAACAUUGGGUGCAGUGUAAAACGUUUUCUGCUGUGUUCUUCAUUACAAUGUUUGUGAUUUUUUAUCUUACGCCAGAAUGUUAAUUGUUUUUAUAUUUUUGGAUGAUUUGUAUAAUUAAAUAUUAGAUUUUCUUCUC